AUGCUACUUUGUAAACUUUCCGUGCUUUCGAUUUCAGCAGCUCGAAACGAACGUUUACGUUUGGGAGGAUCACCGUCACUAGAUGUUGUAGCGGAAGCUGAUGGAAGUCCGGAAGCUGUGCAUGUACCUGAGGAUUUCAAACCGCUCUGCACAUCUACAUCAUCAGUGUGUUCAUCUCCAGAAAUACUGCAGAGCAGCGAGAAUGAACAGCCGCCACAUUGCGAGCUUACGAACGACUCUGGCCUCACUAGCAGAUUUUCCGAUCAGUCGAACGCCUCGUCGCAAAGCAACUCCAUCCCUGGCCCCAUGCUUCUGAGCUCAACUCCUCAUCCUCGUUCCAAUGGCUGCUCCUUCGGAAGCCUAGAAGAUGAAGCGCUAUCACCAAUAGCUGUACCAGCAGCCAACCAAGGUCCGUCAGAUUCUGAUGAGGAAUUCUUCGACGCCAGCUCGGAUUUCUGUGAGGAUGUACAGAAUCUCCUGAUGACCUCAUCACUGCAUGAAGAUCAGCUCGGUGGCAAUGGCAUGUUGCCGGAUGAUGACUCGGGAAUUUCUGUUGUGCGUAAUUGUAUGACCCAGUCAUUGAUGAAAGUAGACGAGGAAACGCCAACUACUCAACUCAUUGUUCAAGCCAAUAACUCGAAGCCGUUGAGGUCUAGCUCUGUAAGCCCGCGAUCAGCUGCCACCGCAGUAUCAAGGCCAACUCAGAUGAACGCGAAUACAAAGGAGUAUACCGGAAGCAUUGAGCAGCCGCGUUCUCAGCAACAUUCGACAAACACUCCUCUGUCUUCGCGAUCACGUAACACUACAACAAAACAGCAGGCGAGGUUGUCACGGCCAGCAUCGACGACAGCGCGUCCUUUAGCAAAUCCGCGUCCUAACACCGCUGGACAGGCUUCUACUCCUCUCGGUUUGAGCCAACGACAUGUUGCACCGUCCAACGUGCGUGUACCUAAUCCGAAAGCUCAGCUUCUUCAAACCCUUAUCUCCUCUCCUGUCGUAGCCAACAAGGACGCAGAUAGGAAUAGCAACAAUACUACUACGCCAGAUAAUUUAUUGUCACGAGCAGCAUCGGCGACGCGGCCUUCACCACAAGCACAAGAUGAUAUUCCUGAUCUAGCUGCAUUGAGAGAGAUUGCAAGGCAACAAGAAGAAGCCUUGCGUCAGGCAGUGGAACAGCAACAGCAACAUGGAUACGUUGAACGAAAGCAUUCAUGGCAAAACGAUGCUCUUUCGAAGAGUGCACAUUCCUCGGCUGGUUCCCUUGUGAGCAGCAAAUCUGUAGAUAUGACCACUCUCCAUAGAGUGAAUGCAAAUACAUCUGUAAGUCGAUUGAAACGUUCGCUUUCGUAAUA